GCCCACUCUGCCCCAUUUACUCCCCUUCUACCACCUGUGAGUUACUUUGUGCUUCUCCAGACGUUUCAUUUUGUCAUUUUGUACUUCUCCCUGCAGGCAUUUUUUUUUUUCUACUCAACCUGUAACAGUUUUGGUCUGGUUGCCCAGCUCUCAUCUUGGCAGCAGCAGUCAAUCACUGACUUCUUGCAAACAGCUCCCACGACAGCUCCUCAGGCAGGAGGAUGGCUGGCGGCACUUACCCUCUGAAACUUGCACACACCAAAAAUAACAACCAGUGUAUCAGCAGAAUGAUUAAAAGAAAAAUGCUUUAAUUUCACUGCCAUGAACAGAAACAUCCAUUAUUCAACUCUUUACUCGGGAGUAAACAGAACAAAACCAAAUGCAGCUUGUUAGAAUGACAAGUUUUCCCUCUGUCUUUCACUCCUGCAAUCUUAUUUGGUGCAUAACCUGUUCAUGGCCAGCAUUUACAUUUUAAUGAUUUAUUAUACCACAAUGUGGUAACACAGACACAUGUCCAAGGCUGCCCCCGUGGAUGGGAAGCCCAACUGACCCUACUGCUGUCCUACAGCAGACAGUUUUGUUCUAGUGACAUGGAAAGAGGUUGUCUUAACACUAAACAGCUUAUUUAUAUCACAUAAAGUACAAUUUUGUACAGUACUUCACACCUUUUAAAAACCACAGUCUUGUAUUUAAUGUUCUCCAGUCAAUAAUCUCUGAUGUUGGCACAGACAGAUCAUCAAACAAAAUGCACAGCUCUUGCUUAGAUUGACCUGGUGUGGUGGGGCAAACAUAAUUUCUGGCUGUUUGGGAAGUGGGAAGUUAAAUUGUCUGUGUACAAGAUAAAGAAAAUGUUUUAGUGCUCAGGAGUCCUCUUCUUGUGCAGGUUUGGGAGAGGGGAGUCACAGCAUUGCAAACCCAGGACAAAGUUCAGCAUUGGCAUGUAUAUUUCCAGGACUGGAAUUCUAAAAUUAACUUCUUUCUGAUAAUCUUUGCUAGCAGUUCCCUUCACAAGGAGGCAGCUUAAGUUUUGCUUUAUUUUUGCCACAGGAAAGGACUUGAACAGGUCAAAAAGAGAGAUGGCUAGGUGUGUUUAUUUUUUUUUUUUCUUUUAAUGUACAAUCUCCAUUAAUAGGUUUUGUUACUUUUAGUUUUCAAAGUUCAAAAAUAUAAACUCUCUAAAGUGCAUAACUGUACUUACAUUUUAUAGAAACUAUCUAAAAUUCUAGCAGUAUACCAUGUAAACAGCAGUAACUAAGCAUCAGAAAAUGCUACAAUCUCAUCAGUUUAAAAAUAAAGUUCCCUACAUAUCAUUUAUCAAGACUCAUCAGGGGAAAAACCCAGCUGUUGGGGGUGUCUCAGGUUGCAAUGCAAGAGGUAACCAAAAGUAUCUACUCUAUUACCAACUGUUAAAACCAGGUGGGGCAGUGUUCUUUAUCUCUUCCAUGACCCAUCCCUCAGAACUCCCGGGGGGAUAUCUUCUGACUGAUAAAAUUACAUCCCCCCAUUGUGAGAUGUUCCACGCAGAGGGAGGAGCCAAGCAUUCCUGCCUGGAUAUAAUCUGAUAUUUGGAGCACUACAAGCAGCCUAUUUCCACUGGAUUCCCAGAGGAAGACCAGGCCUAUCUACACCACCACCGGACCUUCAGAGGAAAACACCCUUAUCCAGGAUCACUGUUUCAACAGAACCACAUCUGUCACUCCAGGAGGACUGCAGCCACCAUUCCAACUGGACUGCUACCAACACCCUGACCCACAGGGUGUCAGGUUGUAUUCUGACUCUGUCAGUGCUUUUGAACUCUUGCAUUUUAUUUUAAUUUUCCUAGUAACGUUUGUUCUGACUUGGGGUUUCCAACUGGUUUUCUUUCAAACUAUCACAGGGGGUUUGGUUUCUUUCCUUUUGUUCCUUUUUACUUACAGAAUUUUUUCCCAUCAAUUGCUAGGAAACAUUAACGACUGGCUUCUUCAGAAAAACAGGGUACUUAAGGAAAACAAAAGAAGUGGCCAAGCUCAGGGGAGGAGGGCAUCUGGUUGCACAUCUGUUAUCUGGGAGUUUCUCUCUGAGUUUCUCCCUGAGGGGCAGAGAUACCAUGAGGAUUGGGCAGGUAAAAGACAGGGCUGGGGCAGCUGCUAGCUCUGGGCUUCAGAGGACAGUCGGAGCUGCUGUUUGGGGAAGGGUAUUAGUUCCUGCUGCUGCUUCCACUGCUGCUUUCCCGGCUGCCUCUCCUGGCUCUGCUCUGGUCUGCUUUCGGUCUCACCUCAGCACCACCAUCAUGAACAAGAAGAAGAAGCUGUUCCUGGGCAUGCCCAUGCCCCUGGACUACCUGCCAGGACUGGGCCGUGGAGCCACAGGUUUCACCACCCGCUCUGAUAUUGGCCCUGCCCGCGAUGCCAGUGACCCCAUGGGCGACCAGCAUGUCCCGCCAGGCAAGAGAACUCUGGGGGACCAGAUGAAGAAGAACCAGAAGACAGCAGAUGAUGAUGAUGGAGGUUUGAAUGACACCAACUACGAUGAGUUCAAUGGCUACUCUGGGAGCCUGUUCUCAAGCGGCCCCUAUGAAAAAGAUUAUGAAGAAGCAGAUGCUGUUUAUGCAGCUUUGGAUAAGAGGAUGGAUGAACGCAGGAAAGAAAGGAGGGAACAACGAGAAAAAGAGGAAAUAGAAAAGUACUGUACAGAACGACCCAAAAUUCAACAGCAGUUCUCAGACUUGAAACGGAAAUUAGCGGAAGUUACUGAGGAGGAGUGGCUGAGUAUUCCCAAGGUUGGGGAUGCCAGGAACAAGCGGCAGAGGAAUCCUUGUUAUGAGAAGCUGACUCCUGUCCCUGACAGCUUCUUUGCAAAGCAUUUGCAGUCAGGGGAGAAUCACACUUCUAUAGACCCAUACCAGACACAAUUUGAUGGACUGAAUACUCCGUAUCCAGGGGGUUUGAAUACUCCAUACCUAGCAGGAAUGACACCAGGCUUGAUUAGACCUGGGACAAGUGUAAGGAAGACUGGCCAAGCCAGGAACACCUUGGUGGAUAUGAGGCUAAGCCAGGUGCCGGACUCGGUGAGUGGCCAGACUGUAGUGGACCCAAAAGGAUAUCUGACAGACUUGAAUUCUAUGAUUCCCACACACGGAGGAGAUAUCAAUGAUCUCAAAAAAGCCCGUUUGCUCCUGAAAUCUGUCCGAGAGACCAAUCCUUAUCAUCCACCAGCCUGGACAGCAUCAGCCCGACUGGAAGAGGUCACUGGCAAACUCCAGGUGACUCGAAACGUCAUCAUGAAAGGAGCAGAGAUGUGCCCUAAGAGUGAAGAUGUUUGGUUGGAAGCUGCUCAGCUUCAGCCAGGAGAUACAGCCAAGGCUGUUGUGGCCCAGGCCGUGCGGCACCUGCCACAGUCUGUGCGGAUCUAUAUCAGAGCAGCAGAGCUGGAGACAGACAUCCAUGCCAAGAAUCGUGUCCUUAGGAAAGCCCUUGAGCAUGUUCCAUACUUGGUGUGUUUGUGGAAAGCAGCUGUGGAGCUGGAGGAACCUGAGGAUGCCAGGAUCAUGCUGAGCCGGGCUGUGGAGUGCUGUCCAACCAGUGUUGAAUUGUGGCUGGCACUGGCAAGGCUGGAGAUGUAUGGGAACGCUCGUAAAGUCCUUAACAAAGCCUGGAAGAAUAUCCCAACAGAUCGUCACAUCUGGAUUACUGCUGCCAAACUGGAGGAAGCCAAUGGAAAUAGCCAGAUGGUAGAGAAAAUCAUUGACAGAGCCAUCACAUCUCUCAGGGCUAAAGGUCUGGAAAUCAAGGAGCAGUGAAUACAGGAUGCCGAGGAAUGUGAUAAAGCUGGAAGUGUGGCCACAUGCCAGGCAAUUGUGAGAGCUGUGAUUGGGAUUGGGAUCAAGGAAAAAGAUCAGAAACACACCUGGAUGGAAGAUGCAGACAGUUGUGUUGCUCAUAAUGCCCUGGAGUGUGCCCGAGCCAUUUAUGCCUAUGCCUUGCAAGUCUUCCCUAGCAAGAAGAGUGUGUGGCUGCGAGCAGCCUACUUUGAAAAGAACCACGGAACCAGGGAAUCCUUGGAGGCUAUUUUCAGAGCUGUUGUUCACUGUCCGAAAGCAGAGGUGCUGUGGCUCAUGGGAGCCAAAUCCAAGUGGCUGGCGGGAGAUGUGCCAGCAGCCAGAAGCAUCUUGGCCCUGGCUUUCCAGGCUAACCCCAACAGCGAGGAGAUCUGGCUGGCUGCUGUGAAGCUUGAGUCAGAGAAUGGUGAGUAUGAAAGAGCGAGGAGGCUGCUGGCAAAGGCUCGCAGCAGUGUCCCCACAGCAAGGGUCUUCAUGAAGUCUGUGAAGUUGGAAUGGGUGCUUGGGAACAUUGCUGCAGCCCAGGAGCUCUGUGAGGAAGCCCUGAAGCACUGUGGGCUUCCCAAACUGUGGAUGAUGAAAGGACAAACUGAAGAACAAAAAGAGCUGGUAGAGAAAGCAGGGGAGGUUUAUAAUCAAGGGUUGAAGAAGUGCCCCCAUUCCAUACCCCUGUGGCUUUUGCUGUCCAGACUGGAGGAGAAAGUCGGGCAGCUGACUAGAGCAAGAGCUGUCUUGGAAAAGUUUCGCCUGAAAAAUCCAAAGAAUCCAGACCUCUGGUUGGAGUCUGUACACUUGGAGUACCGAGAUGGGCUGAAGAACAUUGCUAAUAGUCUGAUGGCCAAGGCCCUGCAAGAGUGCCCCAAUUCAGGAAUCCUGUGGUCAGAAGCAAUUUUCCUUGAAGCCCGACAGCAAAGAAAGACCAAGAGUAUGGAUGCUCUCAAGAAGUGUGAACAUGACCCAUAUGUCCUGCUGGCUGUGUCCAAGCUGUUCUGGAGUGAGCAUAAAAUAACCAAGGCCAGGGAGUGGUUCCACCGCACAAAGACAGACUCUGACCUGGGGGAUGCCUGGGCCUUCUUUUACAAAUUUAAGUUCCAGCAUGGCACAAAGGAACAACAAGAAGAGGUGAGGAAGUGCUGUGAGAAUGCUGAACCUCACCACGGAGAGCUCUGGCAUGGUGUCUCCAAGGACAUAGAGAACUGGCAGAAAAAGACUGGAGAGAUUCUUCCGCUUGUGGCAGCCAAGCUGCCAAGCUGAAAAAUACAUUCUAGAGUGUGCUGGCCUCAGCUGCCUCAGAGGUCGCUGUAGGACUUAACCUGCCCUUUCAGUGACACAGAUUUUGAAGGACAGUGUUGAGGGUUAGGUUUCUUUCCUUUUGUUCCUUUUUACUUAUAGAAUUUUUUCCCAUAAAUUGCCAGAAAACAUUAAUGACUGAGUACUUAAGAAAAACAAAAGAAGUGGCCAAGCUAAGGGGAGGAGGGCAUCUGGUUGCAUUAUCUGGGAGACUCUCUCCUGGGGGAGAGAUACUGUGAGAAUUGGGCAGGUAACGGUUGGGGCUGAGGCAGCUGCUGGCUAGCUCUCUCUUUUGGCUUUGGAGGAUGAUGGUUGGAGCUGCUGCUUGGGGAAGGGAAUUUGCUGCUGCCGCCGGAGCCCAGCCCAGAGCUGCUUCUUCUGCCAUGGGGUGAGCCUCUGCUUGUGAGAGCAGCCACUGAACUGAGACCUUAUUAACACUGACCUCACUAAAAGAAGGACCUAUCCCCAUCUGCUUAGGUGCCCAGGAUCCUGAGUUCACCUCUCUCUGCCCAGCUGGGAGCUGGGCCACCUCUGUCCCACCCUCGCUGCUUCUUGGGCACUGCUCCAAGCUUUCACUGCACUGUAGUCCCGCACGCCCUGCCUGCCAAGAUAUCUGGUUCCAGCCACAGCUCCACAAUAUCUUAUAUAUCCUCUGCCACCCUGGGAUUUUUGCUCAUUCCUGCUAGCCCAGCUUACUGCUUCUGAGAGUCCUACUGGGGAACUGGGAUCAACUGCCCUGGGGGUUUCUGAAGGCUUCCCUUCAAAGCACUUUUUGAUCCAGUUAAGACACCCCAAGGAUCAGAGGAGAUCCCAUCUCAGGAGAUGGGAACUCAGCAUCUCUGAAAAGCCAAGCCCUAGGUCACCACACAAGUCCUCUGGACUGUUUGGAAAUACAAAAUUCAGUCUUUGCUGGUUUUAUAUGGAACAGUCAGUUCUGCAAUUAAUAAAAAACCAAACCAAGCUGUGAGCGCCCAUCCCAAGUGCUUUCACUAACACAUCUCUGCAUUGCCCCAUGUCCUGGGGUGACUUUAUGAUGCUUGUAUCCCCACUCAUCUGUUCUGUUUAUGCUGGGUAUUAAGUUCCACACCUUUAAGGCUGGUUCUGAGAGCGAAGGGGGCGGCAGGAGAAGUGCAAUGUUUGUUAUCAGAAGCUGCACUGGCUGCCCCACAUCCCGGUCCUGGACUGUGCUGGCUGCAGAACGGAUGGGGGACAGAGCUCUCUUUUGCCUUUUAGUUAGUUUUUAGCUAGCUGAAUUUCCUGGACUGUGGCUUUUCCUUUUCCUGGAACUGUUCAAAACUGCUUUGGACCAAAAUCUGAGAAGAACACCAGGAGUUCACGCCUGUGGCCCACUGGGGCUGGGAUGCUGCAUUCCAGUGCCAGAAGGACUGGGAGACAUGCAGCGAGCUGAGCUACACUCCCCAGAAAGAACUUUCUGAAUUUGCCAUCAGUUCAGAACAACAAGAGGUUUUAUUGUUUGGUAUUGUUCAUUUUUCAUGUUGUUGGUGCUUUACUUGUUAAAUAAACAGUUUUUUCCACUUUUCACCAAGGAAAUCUUUUCCCGAACCAGUUGGGGCAAUUUGCCCUAAACCAGGACACCCACCCUGCCUAGCAAAGGGCACGUGCAGCCCAUGACCACCUUUGGAAGAGUUCAAGGGAGCCUGAAGAGACCAAAAUAGAAGCAAUUUUGGCAAGAACACGCAAAGCACAAAGUACCCUUACGUAAGUACCACAAACUAAAUACAACUAUUUGUGAACCCACUUGCCCUUAAUAAAGAAGGAAGGGGGAGAAGUUGUUCUGGGAGUCCUUUUGGCUCCUCUGGUGUGACAUGCAUGAGGCCUGGCUACAACCAACACUGGAUUUCAUCUUGGUUAUUUGGCUUCUGUACAUUGGCAACGAUCCCCUGGGGAGCUGAAGAAAGCACUACAGAAGUGCCCUCCCUUGGGUAUCAGGGUGGAGCCUGGCUCAGGGCAGACCAAGGGGUGCACAUAAGCCUCUGGCGUGGGAGAGUGAGCCCAGGUGUCCCAGGAUGGCAGAACUGUGAGCCCUCAGUGACUUGGUGUCCCUGAAUUUGGGGCCUUGCUCUCCUUCAGGCAGCACCUGUGUGACAUGAGCACCUUGUUGGGGGUUAGGUUUCUUUCCUUUCGUUCCUUACCUAUAGAAUUUUUCCCAGAAGUUGCUAAGAAACAUUAACUACUGGGUACUUACGGGCACUUAAGAAAAACAAAGAAGUGGCCAAGCUCAGGUAUCUGGUAGCACUUCUCUCAUCC